CUAUGGGAUUCCGGCGUACCAACCCAACCCUAAAAUGCCUCGCAUUUUCGUACGCAGCUCCAUCUGAAUAGGCGGAAUGCUCCUCCUUUUCCCACCGCUUUCCUAUCAUUCCUCCCGUUGCCUUUCUCUUGUUCGAUCUAGCUCCUUCCUGUUGGUUGCGUUCAUAACCAACGCGGCAUCGAAUCGCUACUAAACCCUCCUGAACCUGCUUCAUUAGCCGCAUGUGCUCUUCACCGUUGGCGAGCCUCUCACAAAUAAUCGUCCAACGUCGCUCGACCGCGCGGUCUGCUUCAACAGCCGAUAAGAGCAGCUAGCCCUCGCUGUUUCGAAGCGUGCACACAGAUGGGCGCCGCUUCGUCACGAGGAGGGGACGCGGCCCGUGCGGCCGCGCGCGAGCACACGAAGCGGUGCCGGGAGCGCCGGCGGCUCGCGAGGGAGGCCGUGCGGCUGCGCCGGCACCUCGCGGCCUCGCACGCCGCGUACCUCAGGUCGCUCAGCGUCGUUGCGUCGACCCUCACGCGCUUCGCGGUCGGCGAGGCGCCGAUCCCCGUGUCCGACCACACCCCGCCCGCCGUGAUCGUGCACCGCCCGGUUUCCCCCUCAUCGCCGCCGCCGCUCCUACGCUCCAUCGAGCGACAGCGCGAGGAGGACGGUAUUUUUGACGUCGGCGCGGCGGCCAUGCGAGCAGAAGGUGUGGGCGAGGGCGACCAGGAGCUGAAGAUGGUGGUGAAGCACCGCAGUCUCGCGGAGGUCGCGGCGGGAUUGGAGGAGUACUUCGUCAAGGCAAGCGCCGCCGGCGACGCUGUGUCGAGCCUACUCGAGACCAGCAGCGACGAGCUCAAAGGAGGCUCGCACAGCUUCUUGGGCGCGCUCUGCUGCUUGUCGGCGCCAUCGGUUACGCACGAACGCGUCGACAGCAUGAACGGCGGGCAGAGGCACAGCUCCACCUUGCAGCAGCUCCUGGCAUGGGAGAAGAAGCUGUGCAAGGAUGUCAAGGCGAGAGAGCGGCUGCAAAUCAGGCACGACAAGAAGCUCGCGGAGCUGCGGGACCAGGAGUACAGCAGGAAGAUCGACGUCGACAUCCAGAAGCUCAAGGCCGCGUGGGAGAGGGCGCGCGCGCAGCUCGCGGCCGCCUCCCAGGCCGUGGACGCGAGCUCGUCCGCCAUCGCCGAGCUCCGCGACACCCACCUCGCGCUCCAGCUGCUCAGGCUCUGCCACGCCACGAUCGACAUGUGGAGGGCGAUGCGCCAGCACCACGGGGCGCAGAGCCUGAUCGCGCAGCAGCUGCGUGGGCUGAGCAGCCGCACGUCCAUGGAGCCGACGACGGAGAUCCAACACGAGGCCACGAGGGCGCUCGAGGCCGCCAUGAAUGUUUGGUACGCGACGAUGGGCCACAUGGCCAAGCACCAGCGCGACUACGUCCACGCCAUUCACGGCUGGCUCAAGCUGACGCUGACGCCGGUCAAAGGCGUCGAGGCCUCCCCCGUGGCCGCCGAGCUCACCGCCUUGGUCGACAGGUGGGGAAAGGUGCUCGACCGCGUGCACUGCGCCGACGUGCUGAAAUCGAUCAAGAACUUCGCCACCGCGGCACGCACGCUGUACGCGCUCCAGAGCGACGAGCUGCGGGUGGCGCGGCGCGUGAGGCAGUACUCCAGGGAGCUCGACCGCAAGUCCCGGAUGCUGCGCCAGGUCGAGAAGAGCUACUACGACUCUUUCGCGCCCGCGGGCAUCUCGCUGUUGCGCUGGGGGAGGCCUUGGAGGGAGGACCACAUGCAGGCGCGCGUCGCGCACGAGGUGGCGCAACGGAGGGAUGAGAUCGCUUCCUGCCGGAAGAUGGUGGAGGACGAGAUGCGGAGGCACGCUAAGGCCAUCGACGCGACGAGGUUAGCGACGGUCAGCAGCGUGCAGGGGAAGUUGCCCGCCGUGUUCCAGGCGAUGGCCGCGUUCUCGGUGUCGUUUGCGCAUGCGCUGGAGGCUGCGUGCAGGGCGCCGCAAAAUACCCACACAGUAGCUCACUAGCUCUAUGCGUUGAUUCUUUGCGUUGGCAUUUUUUUUUCCUUAUGUUUUACGCGUCUAUACGUACAUUUCAAAUAGGAUUUAGAUACACGAAAGAAACAAGACAGUAUCAAGUAGAGGCAUUACCGUGUUUUGCCUAUGUAGAUUCUUACUCUUUACACCUGCAUACAAGCCAUGUACAAUGUUUUACUAGGUUGGCCAGGAAUUAUUGAUUCGGUUUAGUCA